UAAGACUUCAUUCGUGAUUUUUUUGAUUCGACUUGGAAUUUUGUUCUAUUAAUUUAUACUAGUUAUUGUAUAUCGCCUGCGUUUCAGCCGUUAAAGCAUGACUUGGAGGCAAUCGAUUUGUUAUUAGAAUUUCGUUACUGAUUUGACAAAGUCGAGAGGUGAUCGCCAUUGAGUGUGCUAGAUAUUCGAGUGGCAUUUUGCAAGCGCAUGUGGAUCUAUAUUCUCUUAAUAGUCAUAGGGUUAGGUGUCAAGGCAGUCGGCGGAGACUGACGUUGCUUGCGGAAUAUUGAAAACGAAAGAAAAGUCGAUUAGCGAACACCUCUCGCGUUAUCGCUUUGGCAGAUCAACGUAUCUGAAGGAAGACAGGCCACAAUCUGCCCAACAAUGUCUAGUCAGGAACUGCUGGCCCUCGCAGAAUCUGGUGACUGUACUUGGAGUCGAAAUAGCGACAAUCCUAGGCAUAUGUCAGAUCAAAAAAGCAGCUCAAAAACUACUUAUACCCUAAACAAGAGCUGGACAUCAACUGAAAACGGCUCAACCUCUCCCAUGAGUAAAGCUGCCGUUGCAAAUUUGUUACGACAAAUAAAAGGUUUCAUCAGUUCGGAUGUCACAGUUGAGGGAAACGAAUCAGGUGAAUAUUGGGGUGUUGGUGAAGGCCCUGUCGUGAGGGGUUGGGGCCAGUCGCCUCGACAACCGCCAGAACAUCAAAUCAGUACGAACAGCAGUACUAGCAACGAUAGCCACCAAAUACAGACGCAGCAUGCCUCCCUCCAGUUCAUUACUUCGACUAACAACAACAACAACAACAAGUUCUCGACAGGGUGGAAUAAUAGUGAAACUCAAACAGCAUCCACAGCUGCUAGGUGGGAAGCAAUGCCGUUAACACAACGCAGACGGACUUCGCAAGAAACCAAUAAUAUCCAGGUGUUAGAUAGGACACCAGUAGCUGCUGUAGAGAGUAGCUCCGUAAGUGCGGGCGAUUGUCAACCAUUCCAAGUUGGUAUUCCAUAUAAAUCCCCUUCAAAGAUUUCCAUUUCAAGCUCGUUGCAAAAGAAUUCGACCCAGACAGGCUGGGUUUACCCUGCUGGAGGUAAAUCAAAUCGGUACUCACCUACACGAGGUAGUGUGACUCAAGCUCCAAUGCUGAAACAGCCAAGCCUGCCUUCUGCGAAGAUUUUUUAUGUAGGAAAAUCGACCGUCGCAGUGACUUCUGUUGGUUGUGAGAACACACAUACGAAAGUACCCAUUUGGAGUGCCAAAUUUAAUUCCACAAUCCAAUGAAUGCAACAGCUACAGCUACCGUAGCGACUGUCAUAGCUCCCGCAAUGCAUCUGCAAGCAGUUUCGUCGCAUUUACUACCCCGUGCACACGUUGAAGCGUUACAUGAUAACGAUAUGUCGAGCAUUAACGUUGUCGAGUCACAAAUGCAAAAGUUAUCUGUUCUAGUAGAUCUUGUUCAACAGGCUUUGCAAAUUAACGGAACAAUUCCCACUUGCGUCUGUCGGUGUGAUGAGUGCAACCAGCGGCCAUAAGGUGGAAAUUUCGGAUUUGAACGUUGUUUUGGUUUUGGUAAUAGUGAAUAACACACUGUGGAACAAAGAGGGCAUCCGUACUCCGCUGUGCAUAUCCACGCUACUACGGAAGAGCUGCAGAAAAAAUGAUUGCGAUACCGUGUUCCAUUUUUGAUUAAUUUCGAUGUACUAAAUUCCCUCGAAGAGCACGCUUGAACGAUGCAAUUGCUUGGUAAUUAUAAUGGCUUCAUGAAGACCUUGCUUGAACCGACCACGGAUGACGAAAAUGCACGCAUGUUGGCUUAAAAAGUGUGGUCUUCCUGUUCCGCCAAGGUUUCUAUCUUAUGUUUUACAAAGCUUUGUGGUAUUUACUUUAAGCGAGCCGGAAUAUUCAUGUCAGCGUAGGCUAAGAUUCUGCCAGAACAGGGAAGUCAGUUUACGUGUGAAUCUUGCGGUUAAGGUUAACCAAUUACAUGUUGCGGAACGGGCGUAGGAGGUUAUGAUAGGCUCGCAUAUUGUUACAUUAAUUUAUAAAAUUACCAGUUUCUGUUGAAGUUAA